AGCAAGAUCAUGGCAGAGCAUAGCCACGUGCAAAAGCAGCUUGAUUUACAAAACGGUAGCUUAGAGGCAGGCUUUGUGACAAAUUCCCUGGAAGACGAUUCCCAAAACGUGAUGGAGAGCCUGAGCCCCAAGAAAUACUCUUCCAGUCUGAGAUUUAAAGCCAAUGGAGACUAUUCUGGCUCUUAUUUAACCCUCUCACAGCCUGUGCCUACUAAGAGAAGCCCUUCCCCUCUGGGAACGAGUGUCAGGAGUAGCCCCUCCCUGGCCAAAAUCCAAGGAAGCAAGCAGUUCUCCUGUGAUGCAACUGACAAAAGCCUUUCCCUGAAACCACCUACCCCUCUACUCAGCACCUCCCCAUCCCUGAGCGGGUAUCCACUUGGGAGAGCGGACUUUGAUCAUUAUACCGGCAGGGACAGUGAAAGGUCCUUGAGGCUCGCAGAGAAGCCUCCCUAUUCCAAAUAUAGCUCAAGGAAUAAAUCCCAUGACAAUGUCUACUUUCUCGGGGGGCUAGAAGGCCGAAAGGCGUCCGGUUCACUCCUGGCCAUGUGGAAUGGAAGUCCCCUGAGCGACACCGGCUUCUCUCCCAUCAGCAGAUCGGGGGCGGCAAGCAUGCCUUCAAGCCCAAAGCAAGCCAGGAAAAUGAGCAGCCAGGACAACCUGACACUUCAGCCCAAGUUGACCCGACACAAGGAGCCGGCAUCUGAAAGCAUGGGUUUAAGAACUAGGAAGUAUUCGGGCAGCAGCCUGAGUCACAUGGGGGCCUACAGCCGCUCUCUCCCCAGGUUACACAGGGCCACAGACAACCAGCUGACACCCCUCACUUUGCCUCCCAGAAACUCCCUGGGCAAUUCCAAACGAGCGAAACUGGGGGAAAAGGAUCUACCUCACAGCAUCGUAGACAAUGACAAUUACCUGAAUUUCUCUUCUUUGAGCUCAGGGGCUUUACCCUAUAAACCCUCGGCUUCUGAGGGCAACCCUUAUGUAAGUUCCACCCUCAGCGUCCCUGCCAGUCCUCGAGUGGCUCGGAAGAUGCUUCUGGCCUCCACCUCCUCCUGUACCUCCGAUGACCUUGACAGGGCUUCCUAUCCGGGGCCCGGCCCUGGUCAUCUGUUUUCUCCUGGAGAGCCGGACAGAGUCUUCGCCACCAGGAGGAACUUCUCUUGUGGAUCUGUCGAGUUCGAUGAUGCGGAUCUGGACAGCCUCAGACAGGCCUCAGGAACCCCCCAGCCUGUCCUUCGGGAAAGGAAAAGCAGCAUCAGCUCCAUUUCAGGCCGCGAAGACCUGAUGGAUUAUCACCGGCGGCAGAGGGAGGAGAGACUCAGGGAGCAGGAAAUGGAGCGACUGGAGAGACAGCGUCUGGAGACGAUCCUCAGUCUCUGUGCUGAAUACACAAAGCCCGACAGUCGCUUGUCCACUGGCACCACCGUGGCAGAUGUGCAGAAAAUCAAUAAGGAGCUCGAGAAGCUGCAGCUCUCUGAUGAGGAGUCUGUGUUUGAAGAAGCCGUGAUGAGCCCUGAAACCAGAUACAGGUGCCACCAGAAAGGCUCUCUCCAAGAGACGGACUUGGCAGUCUUCGGGGGCGUUGGUCAGAGCAGCGCCAGCUUCCUUUCCCCCAGGAGCAUCAGGAAUGAGGACCUGCUCAGGGACCUCACGUCUGCCUUCCUGAAACCUUCCAACGAGUCCGCUUAUCUUAGUAUCCUACCGAAGACCCCAGAGGGUAUAAAUGAAGAACAAAGGAUUCAGGAGUUGGCAGCAAUGGAAGAGACCCGGAUAGCAAUUCUCAAUAACCUCGAGGAACUUGAACAAAAAAUCAAAGAUAUAAAUGACCAGAUGGAUGAAUCUUCCAGAGAGUUGGAUAUGGAAUGUGCUCUUUUGGACGGAGAACAGAAAUCUGAAACAACCGAACUUAUGAAAGAGAAGGAGAUUUUGGAUCAUCUAAACCGGAAAAUAGCCGAACUGGAAAAGAACAUUGUCGGUGAAAAGACCAAGGAGAAGGUAAAGCUUGAUGCUGAAAGGGAAAAACUAGAGAGGCUUCAGGAGCUUUACUCCGAGCAGAAGACCCAGCUGGACAAUUGUCCUGAGUCCAUGAGGGAACAAUUACAACAACAACUGAAGAGGGAUGCUGACCUGUUGGAUGUAGAGAGCAAACACUUUGAAGACUUGGAGUUCCAGCAGCUUGAACAUGAGAGCCGCCUGGAUGAGGAAAAGGAGAACCUGACCCAACAGCUCCUGCGCGAAGUAGCCGAAUAUCAACGGAACAUUGUUACCAGAAAGGAAAAGAUUUCUGCCUUGAAAAAGCAAGCCAAUCACAUUGUUCAGCAGGCUCAGAGAGAACAAGAUCAUUUUGUAAAAGAAAAGAAUAAUUUAAUAAUGAUGUUGCAAAGAGAAAAAGAAAAUCUUUGUAAUCUGGAAAAGAAAUACUCCAGCCUCACUGGGGGGAAAGGGUUUCCUGUCAACCCCAGUACUCUAAAAGAGGGCUAUAUCAGUGUAAAUGAAAUUAAUGAGCCAUGUGUCAAUUCCACGAAUCUAUCCCCUUCCUCUCAGUUCCCUGCUGAUGCUGAUGCUGUUGCCACUGGGCCUCCCACAGCUGUGCCGGUGAGCCAGCCACAAAAUAAAGAGCAUUUUAGAAGUCUGGAAGAAAGGAAAAAACAGCAUAAAGAAGGCCUCUAUCUGAGUGACACUUUGCCUCGAAAGAAAACCACACCUUCCAUAUCCCCACAUUUCAGCAGUGCUACUAUGGGGAGAAGCACCACCCCAAAGGCCCACCUGCCCCUGGGACAGAGCAACAGCUGUGGCAGCGUGCUGCCUCACUCCCUGGCAACCAUGACCAAAGACUCAGAAUCUCGGAGGAUGCUCAGAGGGUAUAAUCACCAACAGAUGAGUGAAGGACAAAGGCAGAAAUCUUCUGAAUUUUACAACCGCACGGCAUCUGAAUCAAAUGUCUACUUGAACAGUUUCCACUAUCCCGAUCACAGCUAUAAGGACCAGGCCUUUGAUACUUUGAGCCUAGACAGCUCUGAUAGCAUGGAGACCAGCAUCUCUGCCUGCUCACCUGACAAUAUCUCUAGUGCCAGCACUUCAAAUAUUGCCAGAAUAGAAGAAAUGGAGAGACUUUUGAAGCAGGCGCAUGCGGAGAAGACUCGGCUGCUUGAAUCCAGGGAACGGGAAAUGGAAGCCAAGAAACGAGCUCUGGAAGAAGAAAAACGACGCCGAGAACUCCUGGAAAAACGAUUGCAGGAAGAAACUAGCCAGCGACAGAAGUUAAUUGAAAAGGAAGUAAAAAUAAGAGAGAAACAAAGGGCACAGGCCCGACCUUUGACACGCUAUCUGCCCGUCCGGAAGGAAGACUUUGAUUUGCGAAGCCACGUAGAGACUGCCGGCCACAAUAUCGAUACCUGUUAUCAUGUAUCGAUCACAGAGAAGACCUGCCGAGGAUUCCUUAUCAAAAUGGGUGGAAAAAUUAAAACUUGGAAAAAACGAUGGUUUGUGUUUGAUCGGAACAAGCGCACAUUCUCUUAUUAUGCAGACAAGCAUGAAGCUAAAUUAAAAGGAGUAAUAUACUUCCAAGCCAUUGAAGAAGUGUAUUAUGAUCACCUCAAGAAUGCUAAUAAGAGUCCUAACCCGUUACUCACCUUCAGUGUCAAGACGCAUGACAGAAUCUACUAUAUGGUCGCGCCAUCGCCGGAAGCCAUGCGGAUCUGGAUGGAUGUUAUAGUUACUGGCGCAGAAGGUUACACCCACUUCUUGUUGUAG